UGCACACAAAAUGAGGUUGUGCGGUCAUUCUUUCACGUUUCUCCUUUUAAACAUUUUCGUAAUUUUGUUAAACGGUGCAGUUCAAGAUGGUUUAAGUAGUCGUCAUGAUCGACAUUUACCUGCAUUGUUACAAUUAUUCCGUGGAUUACAUACUGGAGAAAACUACCACCAGAUACAACCCUAUUACUUUUUACCAUCUAUAUUGGUAUUUCCGUCAAUCAACCAGCAUCAAAAUACUAUUAUUCAAGAGAGUUCAGGACAGGAAAACUAUCAAGAAAUAAACAGAAGUUUACAAAUGAAGAAAUAUGAAAAAUUAGUUUCCAAUGAAAAAACUAUUCAUGUUAACGAAACAGUUGAUUUUGAUAGAAGUGAUGUAAAGAAUUAUAAUGUAAAAAAUAUCACAGAUGAAUCAAAAUUGAUUCAGUUUGAUAAUUUUACUGAGAGAGUUACUACAAAAGAAACUACGAGUACAACAUUAAUAAACGAAAAUGAAAAUACUGUGAGUUCAACCGAAGCUAUUGGUAUUUACCCACCAGCUAAAAAUAACAGUGAUUUUAUAAAUACCAUAUCGUUAACAACUAACAUCGUCGAAGAAUAUGGAAAUUAUACAGAUCCUAAUUUAUACAAAGAAAAAUCGGAAAAGAACAGUUUAUUUGACUCAAGUCUUUUACCUCCAUUAGAAAAGCCGUUUCUUUUUACAUUUAAACCUAAUGUUAGUGAAAAUCAUAGCCUUCCGUUAGAUGACAAUCGUUGGCAAUUUUCAACCGAGAAAAAAUAUACACACGCAGUAAAAGGAUUUAGACCUCUCGCUGGUUUAUACUACGACGGUUUUUUACACAAGCCGUUAACUAAGAAAAAUGGAUUUAAGCCUGUUUGAAGAAAAUUAUUU